GGGCCGGAAGCGGGGCGUCCACGCGUCUGGAAACAUGGCGGCGUCCAGGAACACUGUGGAGGCCGGCCUGGGCGGAUCGCGGGGACGCGUGGUCCGCAUGAAGCGCAGAGGCUGCCGCGGGUCGCGCCGCGGACCUGGCGGCGGUGGGCAGAAGGUCCUGAAGAGGCUCAAGCUAGCGGUGGAAGAGUUCGUGCAGGCGACCUCGGAGGGCGAGGCUCCCGGGAGCUGCGGGGGGCGCGGCGCCCCGGUGCGCUUCCGCCCGGGAGGCAGAAAAAGCCGCAAGGAACUGAGGAAGGAGAAGCGGCACCUGCGGAAAGCGCGCCGGCUGCAGAGGUCGGCCGGCCCCAACCAGGGUCCCGGCCCCGGCGGAGCCGCGGAAGCGACUGGUCCCCGGCGGCACACAGCGGAGCGCGCCCGCCCCGCUCCCAGUCGGGACCCCUCGCCUCCCAAGGAGCCGCGGCCGUCCCGGGCCAGGGCCCAGGCCCAGGCCCCUCCCGGGAAGACCGGACCCUCCGCAGCCGCCACCGCCGCUGCCCGGAAACGGGCGCUUCUAGCGGCCAACGAGGAGGAGGACCGAGAGAUCCGAAAGCUGGAGCGUUGCCUCGGCCUGAACAAGCGCAGGAAGAAGGACGGCGGCAGCUCCAUACCGCUGAGCUUUGCGCGCGACGGGCUCGGCUACAUUCUGGGAGCCCUGGAGUCUGAGAAGAAUAGCGGCUUGUACGACAGCAGUGGUGAGGAGGAGGAGGAGGAGGAGGAGGAGGAGGAAGAUGCCGGACAGACACUCCCCGAAAGUGACUUAGAGAGUGACUCCCAGGACGAAAGUGAGGAGGGCGAGGAAGAGGAGGACACAGAAAAGGAAAAGAAGGCGCUGCAGGCGGAGAGCGAGGACGACGACGAGGAUUUAGAACAGGAACAGGGGGAAGAAAAGGAAAAGGGUGCGCAGGUGAAAAGGAGGGGGAAGAGAGUUCGAUUUGCAGAAGAUGAAGAAAAGAGUGAAAAUUCCUCGGAGAACGGUGACAUAACCGAUCAGCAGGGUCUUUGUGAAAGUGACGAAAAGUAUGUCCCACCUCAUGUGAGGCGAGUUGAGGAAACAGUGGACUUCAAGAAAAAGGAAGAACUAGAAAGGCUAAAGAAACAUGUGAAAGGUCUACUUAACAGGGAGUCAGAACAGUUGCUGGCCAAACCAUUCCCCUUCACUGUUGAUUUUCACGAGAGGAAGGUGCCCUUGUGUCCAGGCUGGGACGCCGUGGCCGGCGGCUCUGGGUUGCCGAGGGUCGGUGCUCACUUUCUGGAGGCAGUGGUGAGGAAGUUUGAUGACGUCUAUAAGCACGGAAGCGAAGGGAAAGAAUGUGGCAACCUGUUCACCAUUAUUGCCCAUUUAUACAACUUCCAUGUGGUGCAGUCUCUCCUCGUCUUUGACAUUUUGAAAAAACUUAUUGGAACUUUCACCGAAAAAGAUAUUGAACUGAUCUUGUUAAUGCUGAAAACUGUGGGCUUUUCGUUGAGAAAAGAUGAUGCUUUAUCGUUGAAGGAACUGAUCACUGAAGCCCAGACCAAAGCCAGCAGCGCAGGCAGCAAGUUUCAGGACCAGACCAGGAUUCGGUUUAUGCUAGAGACGAUGAUGGCCCUGAAGAACAAUGACAUGCGUAAAAUUCCAGGCUAUGAUCCCGAGCCUGUGGAGAAGCUGAGGAAGCUGCAGAGAGCUCUGGUCCGCCAUGCCGGCUCAGGUUCUGAGACUCAGCUUCGCGUCUCCUGGGACAGCGUCUUGAAUGCGGAACAGACAGGUCGCUGGUGGAUUGUGGGGUCUGCCUGGAGCGGGGCCCCGAUGAUUGACAACAGUCAGCAUACGCACCUGCAGAAGCAGCCCGCGGGGACGGUCAGCUCCAAGAUCCUAGAACUCGCCCGGAAGCAGAGGAUGAACACGGACAUCAGGAGAAACAUAUUCUGCACAAUAAUGACAAGUGAAGAUUUUCUGGAUGCUUUUGAAAAGCUUCUAAAGCUUGGACUUAAGGAUCAGCAGGAGAGAGAAAUCAUUCAUGUUCUCAUGGAUUGCUGCCUUCAAGAGAAAACUUACAAUCCCUUCUACGCUUUCUUGGCUAGCAAAUUCUGUGAAUAUGAAAGGAGAUUUCAGAUGACUUUCCAGUUCAGCAUAUGGGACAAAUUUCGGGACUUGGAAAACUUGCCAGCUAUGAAUUUCUCUAAUUUGGUUCAUCUGGUGGCCCACUUGCUGAAGACAAAAUCGCUUUCACUUUCCAUCCUGAAGGUAGUGGAAUUCAGUGAAUUGGACAAACCCAGAGUCCACUUUUUACGAAAAGUGUUAAGUAUCCUGUUAAUGGAAACAGAAGUUGAAGACCUCGGUUUAAUUUUCACAAGAGUGUCGGACAACCCAAAGCUGGGGGUGUUGCGUGAGGGCUUGAAGCUGUUCAUCAGCCACUUCUUGCUAAAGAGCGCACAGGCCCACAGAAGCGCCGAGGAAGCCAACGUGCUGAGAGCGAGAGCUGACCUUGCUACACAGGCUCUGCAAGGAAAAGCUUCCCUGAGAAUGUAGUCAGGCAAGAAAGGAGCGCAGCUGGCCCUUUGACUGUAAACUGUCCUUUGUAAACCCAAAGGCUUAUUCUGUUGACUGCGUGUGAAAGUUUGGUAGAGCUAUGUCAUUGUCUGUUAUUGUAUUAUGUUUUGAGAUAAUUAUUUU